CGCCGCCGCCGCCGCGCCAUGGCGAUCGCAAGGCAAGUGCUUUGUCUGUGUGCUUUCCUGUCCGUGCCGCACGCUCGCGCCGAGCCCAUCCGCUACUCCGUAGCCGAGGAGGCGGAAAGCGGCUCCCUGGUUGGCAACCUGGCGGAGGACGCGGGGCUCACGCCGGAGCAGCUCUCGGCUCGCCGCGCCCGCCUGGUCUCGGAGGACGGGCGGCAGCAUUUUCGCUUAGACCGCGCCUCCGGCCGCCUCGUCGUGGCGGGGAGGCUGGACCGGGAGGAGCUGUGCGGCCACUCCGGCACCUGCAUGCUCCCCUUCGAGCUGCUGCUCGCCAACCCCCUGCAGUUCUUUCGGGUCGAGGUGGCUCUGGAAGACAUCAAUGACCAUUCACCCGUCUUUCCCGAGGAACGAAUCACUUUUAAGAUUCUGGAGACGAGCGAGCCAGGUUCUCGUUUCCCUCUGGAGGGUGCUCGGGACCUUGAUAUUGGCAGCAACACAGUCCAGGCAUACAGUAUCUCUCCUGAGAACGAGUAUUUUAAUGUCUCCUAUGGCAGCCACAGCGAGAAUGACAAAAGUGUGGAGCUUUUUUUGGAAAAGUCACUAGACAGAGAGGAGGAGGCAGAGAUGAGUUUCAAUCUCAUUGCUGUGGACCGUGGCUCUCCUCCCAGGAGUGGGACCACAGAAGUCCACAUUAUUGUUGUAGAUGUAAAUGACAACUCUCCUGUCUUCACGCAGAAAAUCUAUGUUGGGCAGGUUUUGGAAAAUUCACCAGAGGGCUCUGUGGUUCUGAGAGUGGUGGCAACAGAUCGGGAUAUAGGCGUUAACGGGGACAUCUCCUAUCAGUUCAGCCAAGCAGUGAGUCAGACCGACAACUCGUUCACAAUUGACUCUAUGAGUGGUGAAAUUAAACUCACAAAGCCUCUGGACUUUGAGGCGGCAGAGACUCACGAGCUCAGUGUGAGGGCCACAGAUGGAGGGGGACUCUCAGCAAUCUGCAAAGUGUUGGUGGAGGUGGUGGAUGUGAAUGACAAUGCCCCGGAGCUGGUGGUCAGUUCCUUCAGCAGUCCCCUCCCCGAGAACACAGCGCCCGGCACGGUGGUUGCCCUCUUUACGGUCAGGGACCGGGAUUCUGGUGCCAACGGGAAGAUCUCCUGUGCCCUCGAGGAUCAGCUCUUCUUCUCCCUGCGGCCAGCCUAUAAGAAUUACUAUGAGGUGGUGACAGUGAGCGCGCUGGACCGCGAGGAGACGGCUCAGUACAUCCUGACUGUCACAGCAGCAGAUGCGGGGUCCCCUCCCCUCACUACCACGCAGACCUUCAGCGUGGACAUCUCGGAUGUCAAUGACAAUGCCCCUGUGUUCAACCAGACGUCAUACACCAUGUAUGUGCGUGAGAACAACGUCCCCACAGUGUUUGUUGGAGCCGUCAGUGCUGCAGAUGCUGACGUGGGGCUCAAUGCCAAGGUGACCUAUUCCCUGGCCCCAGCCGAACCGGCAGAGCGGCCUUCCUGCUCCUGCAUCUCUGUGAACUCCGAGAACGGACACGUCUUUGUGCUGCGGCCCCUGGACUACGAGCAGUUGAGGCAGACCGAGGUCACAGUCAGUGCCUCUGACGCGGGGUCUCCUCCCCUCAGAGCCAACGUCACCCUCCGCCUUGUCGUGCUGGACGAGAAUGACAAUGCCCCGCUCGUGCUCUACCCAGCCCAGGACAGCAGCCCACCGUCCAGUGAGCUGGUGCCCGUGUCGGCUGAGGCGGGCUACCUCGUCACCAAAGUGGUGGCCGUGGAUGCCGACUCGGGACAGAACUCGUGGCUCUCGUACCACCUGCUGAGGGCCAGCGACCCCGGGCUGUUUACGGUGAGUGCCCAAAGCGGGGAGGUGCGUCUGAGGAGGCCGGUGACAGAGAGAGACACCGUGAAGCAGAAGCUCGUUGUCCUGGUGAGAGACAACGGGAAGCCCCCGCUGUCAGCCACCGCAGCUCUGAGCGCACUCGUGCUCAAGGACUUCUCAGACGUGCGCCUCCCGCACAGCAGUGCGGCCACAGAGGAUGAGGGUGGCUCCCUGACCACCUAUUUAAUCAUUUCCUUGGUCUUUGUCUCACUCCUCUUCCUCAUCUCCACCGCUGUCUUUGUCGCUCGCAAGGUGUGCAAGAGACAGGAGCUGAAGGCUGGCCAUGUGCUUUAUGGUGCCGACAACUUGCAGAGCGGCCUGGCCGAUGCAGCCGCUGCAGGGACCCUGCCCCACGCCUAUUGCUACGAGAUCAGCCUCACAACGGGCUCGGGCAACAGCGAGUUCAAAUUCCUCAAGCCCAUCCUCCCCAGCCUGCCACCACAGCACAGCGCCGUGGGCCAGGGCCCUGAUGAUGAACAGGAUUUCCCCUGUGUCCCUGUGAGCACAGAGGACAUGGCACCAGACAACCCUGGGACUCUCUCUGCAGGACACUUCAACCCUCUUUCCUUUAAGUAGCACAGGGUCUGCACAUCUGGAUGCUUCAUGGCUCAUGGGAGGAGGGGAUCCAGGCUGCAGCCUGUGGCAACGAUUCCUCCAGAGCAAACCUGUCUUUCCAAUUGGCAUAACCAAUUUCCCUCAAAUUCUUAGUCAGAUUAAAAGUCGUCUCCUAAUCGAAAACCACAAAGAAGCAAAUAAAAGACAGUCAGAUUCUCUCCCUCAGGCAAUCAUAUAUUUCACCUGUGUUACAGCUGUUUCUGAUAGGCUUUAAGAAUGGGGUUAGCACUCCAGCCUAUGCUCUUGUCUCUCUUCCUGUCAGACCAGACCAUGAACCUCUUACUCAUUGCUAGAACACAAUGGCACAGUUGGGAAGACAAAUCUCACUCUUGCUGAAACGGCUCAAAGCCUUUUUCGCAGCUCAGAAAAGCCAGGUAGUUCUGAAUACUGGGUCCCAACAUUCUGCUAGCACAGGGCUUUUUCUUUCUGCAGUUCUGAAUGUCUCUAUCUGAGGUUUGUGGGCUGUGUGUGUUACACUUUCCUCUCAGUAUGUCUGUCUGUUCAGCCAUUGUGUGCCUGCAGAUGUUUCACUAGUGCUGCCCAGAGAAACAGGAGUUGCUCCCACCCAGCCUUUGCAAUGCAGGCGGUUCCAGCUCUGUAGAGUAGAAGGCUAUUUUGGCCGUAUGGGUAUAGGGAUGUCAUCUUCAUCAAGGCAGAGAGGAGAAGGAAAAUGCACAAGAAAAUCUUCCUUUGGCCUAUGUGUGGGUUUGGUGUUCUGUCUCCCUCAGGUUGUCUUGGAAAUACAGCAGCAUUAGGUUAGAUGUGUUAGGGUAGGCUGUAACUGUAGAGAUUUGUGAACACGUGUUCAUUGUCUUUGGGUGAAUGAAAAUGCCACAUGUCCAUCAGGGAUAAUUUUGGGAAGUUAGAAUCAAGAAGAACUUGGAAAAAGGACUUUGAGGUUUGUUUCCUCAUUCUUGUUUCUGCAAUCAGUGGCUUCUUGUUCACAGUAGAAAGCUGUCCCUACAGGAUUUUCUCCAUGUGUGUUAGAGCAUGAGCAUUCCCAUUUUUGCCCUUUCUCCUCCUCUCUGACCUGUACUGAGCAUUGUUUCCCGGUUCCUCCACAGCAGGACUGCCACCCCAUAUAUAUAACUGGUAUAUAAUAUAUAACAACUGGUUGUUUGAAUGAUGUCCGUGAUGCAUGGAAUAUUCAGAAAGCCUCCCUCCCGCUGUGUUGUGCUGAAGUUCCACAGUUUAACACUGUAAGCUUGGAUAGCCCUGAGUUUAGAAAUUGAAAAAAUGUGUAAGACUGAAAUAAAGAGAACAUCCUCACUCUUUUUGUGGACACAGAA